UUCUGUAGGCCAGGCAGAGUGGGUCUAGUAACCACCGUCGAAGUGGCUGGAUUGUUCGCGGCCUGGGAUAUUGUUUUGUGUUGGAGAGAAACACGUAACGCAGCGUUGGGAAGAAUUCAUUCUCCUUGGACGGAUUAUUACAUUUCCGUGAAGCCAGCACAAAGUCGCAAUCAUAUGAAAACGGUGCUCAUUGGCAAAAAAAAAAGUGUUUCCAGGCAGGCUUCUCACGUGGUAAUUCUCACCUGGGCAAGGCUUUUUACAAGGGAUGGGUGUGUACUUCCGCCUGACUUGUAGGGCCUGCACAUCGACUGAUGGAGGAUGAAAACUUUUUAUUGCAGGUCGAUUGAUCAGGAAGGGACAAGGAAAAAGCUGUAAGGUGCCAUGUCCUACUCCAGCUAUAUCAACCUGAGCAGGGCUCAGCUUACUUUUGAAUACCUACACACAAAUUCGACAACACACGAGUUUCUCUUUGGAGCCCUGGCAGAGCUUGUGGACAACUCAAGAGAUGCCAAUGCCACACGAAUUGAUAUUUACACAGAAAAAAGGCCAGAAUUGCGGGGCAGCUACAUGCUCUGUUUUCUUGAUGAUGGUAUUGGAAUGGAUCCUAAUGAGGCAACCCACGUGAUUCAGUUUGGAAAGUCAAACAAACGCUCACCUGUGUCCACUCAGAUCGGCCAGUAUGGAAAUGGACUAAAAUCUGGCUCCAUGCGUAUUGGCAAGGACUUUAUCUUGUUCACAAAAAAGGGCGGCACGCUGUCUUGUCUUUUUUUGUCACGGACUUUUCAUGAAGAGGAGGGACUGGAUGAGGUAAUUGUGCCCCUGCCCUCUUGGGAUUUGAAGACCAAAGAGCCUCUGACCUCUGAUCCAGAGAAGUAUGCUAUUGAGACUGAGCUGAUCUUCAAAUACUCACCUUUUAAAAAUGAACAGCAGCUAAUGGAGCAGUUCGACAAAAUAGAAACCGACAGUGGUACUCUGGUGAUCAUCUAUAAUCUAAAAUUGAUGGAUAAUGGAGAACCAGAGUUGGAUAUAGAGACCGAUCAUCAGGACAUAUUAAUGGCUGGCACGUCUGUAGAAGGAGUAAAGCCAGAAAAGAGAUCUUUCAGAGCAUAUGCUGCUGUUUUGUACAUUGACCCGCGCAUGAGAAUCUUUAUUCAGGGACACAAAGUCAGGACUAAGAGACUGUCCUGCUGUCUUUAUAAACCAAGAGUGUAUAAAUACUCAUCAACUCGGUUCAAAACACGUGCUGAGCAAGAGGUAAAGAAAGCAGAUCACCUUGCUAAGCUCGCGGAGGAGAAAGCUAGAGAGGCAGACAGCAAACGAGUGGCUUUGGAGGCCAGAUUAGGAGACGAUCUUUCCAAAGAUUCACGGGCGAUUCUGAGAAAGGUUCAGGACACAGCUAUGAUGCUCCGACAGGACGCUGAAAUGAAGAAAAGGUUGCUUGAUGCCAAACAAAAAGCAUUAAAAGAGCCUAAAGAGUUAAAUUUCAUAUUUGGAGUGAACAUUGAACAGAGGGACCUGGAUGGGAUGUUUGUGUACAACUGCUCUCGUCUUAUCAAGAUGUAUGAGAAGACGGGGCCACAACUUGAGGGAGGAAUGGCUUGUGGUGGUGUAGUUGGAGUCGUAGAUGUCCCAUAUCUGGUUCUAGAGCCAACUCACAACAAACAAGACUUUGCAGAUGCUAAGGAGUAUCGGCAUUUACUGAAAUCCAUGGGGGAACAUUUAGCUCAGUACUGGAAGGACUCCAACAUUGCUCAGAAAGGCAUAGUCAAGUUCUGGGAUGAGUUUGGUUAUCUGUCCGCAAGCUGGUCUGCGCCGCCAUCAUCAGAGCUAAGAUACAAGAGACGCCGGGCCAUGGAGAUACCACUAACUAUCCAGUGUGAUAAAUGUUUAAAGUGGAGAACACUGCCAUUCCAGAUGGAUGCUGUGGACAAACGCUACCCUGACAGUUGGGUGUGUCUCAUGAACCCUGACAGCACUCAAGACAGAUGUGAUGCUCCUGAACAAAAGCAGAAUCUACCAUGUGGCGUUUUGAAGAAAGACAAGCAGACAGCUGAAGACAAACAAAAAGAGCUUGCAGAGAAGAUCAAACAGCAACAAGAGAAGCUUGAGGCCUUACAGAAAACCAACACUAUUAAAUCUGCAGCAGAUGUUAAGAAGCUCCCACUGGAGGUCAGCAUGAAACCAACAGACAGCUCCUCUCAGGCAACUAGAUUUUCUGAGAGAGCCAUGACACGGCCCCGCUCCCCACCACUACCUGCUCACCUCAAAAAUGCCCCAAGUGUUCCUCCGUCUCGUGCUGCAUCUCAGCGCUCCACCCGUGCACCGGCAACUCCACCAAAAGCUGAACCGUCCAGAUCCAAAGCAGCGACAAAGACUCCUCCAGCUGCUUCAAAGCCGGUUACCAAAGCUACUGCCAAAACACCGCCACCAAGCCGCAGCUUACGGGCCACUGGCAAAGCAUUAGCUGCCAAACCAGCAGCUGGGCAACGCAAGAGAAUAAUGGAACAAGAGGAAAGUGAGGAGGAAGAAGAUGAAGAAGAAGAAGACGACGACAGCGAAGAUAGUGAAGAUGAUGAACCACAGACAAAAAAAUCUAGGAUGGCUGCAGCAGCUGGAAAUCGUGGGAAAGUGGUAGAGAAAACACUACCGCCCAAACGUGGCAAGAUAGACGAGGGUAACACACACUGCCAGCCUGAGAGGAAAGGGGUUUCUGCACCAACCCCUGUCCCUAAACCCAGUCCCAACCAGCAGCUUGGGGCUAAAGCUAAGGAACCGGAGAGGACCCUACAGCAGAUCCCAGACAAUGACAUUAAAAAUGCUCAGAAGGAUAAGGGUCUUCUAGUUGAAGUACGUGUCAAUAUGGAGUGGUACACUGGCAAAGUGAUUGCAGUGGAAACAAAUAAACAAAGUGUUCGCUGGAAAGUUAAAUUUGACUACGUACCUCGAUCCACCCCCAAAGACCGAUGGGUUUUCAAGGGCACUGAUGAAGUCCGGUUGAUGCGGCCACCAUCUCCAAUCUCUCAAACACCUGAUACCCAGCAAGAGACUGAGAAAGGGCCAGCGCCCAUGGAGCCAGACACCACUCAACCAGGAACCAGUCGAGAGGUGACUGAGAGCCUGGUCACCAUGUUGAGGACAAUGCUGCGUUACUUUUUCCCUCCAGCUUUUCGGAUUCCAAAGGACGAUGUUAACAGCAUGACCGCUGAGGACUUGGUGUCAUUUCCAUUGAAAGAGUAUUUCCAGCAAUAUGAAUCGGGUCUCCAGUCUCUGUGUAACUCAUACCAGAGCAGAGCUGAUGCCAGGGCCAAAGCUGUAGAAGAGAAGAGCAACAACACUGAGGUCAAACUGAGGGAGGCAGACGAAAAACUACAGAAACUGCGAACAAACAUAGUAGCACUUUUACAGAAAGUACAAGAGGACAUUGACAUAAACACAGAUGACGAGCUUGACGCCUACAUAGAGGACCUUCUUACCAAAGGUGAUUAAAGAAGACAAAAAAAGAAAUAUGAGAAGUAUAAAAGAGAAGAGCACCUUCAUAUAAACAGAGAGAAAGUUUAUAUUCCAGAUGUGAAUUCCUGAUGGCUUCCUAGCUUCCUAAAGACUCAUACUGUGAAUAUUUGGGAGUAAUGUUGAUCCUUUCACAUGAUAAGUCAGCUUGUCAUAAGUUUGAUCUUUGCUUUUGAUGGCUCUACCAUGUAAUGAGUUAACGGAUGCUUUUUGACUUCAGGCAGGAUUCCAACCUUCUGGCCUGUGUUUUAUUUCAUUUGUUUUUUUUAUAUACACACUUCUAUAUAUUAGUCUGUGUUUAAGCUGUUCUAUCCUGAUUGAUCUUUGACAAUUUGUGUAUGUUUAGUUUAAGCAACACUCUGUUUAUCUAGACGCUGUAACAAACACUUGGUUCUUGUUUUGGUUUGGGGGAAAGUAGAGGUGACUCCAGGUUGUGCUUUGCACUUCAGCCUGUGUAGAUCCUAAACUUUUUGUUUUAUACUUGUACACUAAAAUCACACCAGUGUUGCCCACUACCGCCAACUAUUCUGGUCUGCUUAACGAGCAGUUUGUUCUUUACAGUUGGGUGAUUUCACACCCACAAAAAAUAACUACUUACUGGGUUUUAUCAGUAUGAGUAUUAAACUCCAUGUUUAAGCUAUGACUGUUCAGUUUUACUUUUAGAAAAAGAAAAAAAACUCAUGGCAGAUGUUGUGUUCAUAAUUGUUCGGUGCCUGUGUCCUCCUGUUGAACAGUUUUUAACAUAAAUAUGUUUUAUUAAACAGUGCAUGUGCUCAGUUCUUUUGUUCUGAUUAGAACAAAAAUGUGUAUUUUUGACAAAUCUUUACUUAAAACAAUAAACAAGAUCCAUUUCA